AUGCCUGCGCGCAAAGCACUCAGCAUCGGGUGCUGGAACGAGCGCACAUUAUUGGACCGGAAUUCCAGCGAGCGCCCGGAGCGACGCACUGCACUCGUCGCGAUGGAGCUGGCACGCUACAACAUCGAUAUUGCGGCGCUCAGUGAAUUUCGGCUCGCUGAGCAAGAUCAGUUGCAUAAAGCAGGUGCUGGCUACACAUUCUACUGGGUGGAAAACGCCGCCUCAGCACCACGGGAACAUGGGGUCGGAUUUGCAAUAUCCGAUGGCCUGAAUGGCCAGCUGGUGGGUGGACCAACGGGCAUCUGCGCGCGACUGAUGACCGUUCGCCUAGGACUCGGAAGAGGUAAGUUUGCUACUUUUAUAAGAACGUACGGUCCGACCAUGUGUUUUCCUGAUGACACGCGUCAUCAAUUCUACACUGAGCUAUCCUCCGUGAUACGGGUCUGUGCCGAGGAGCGACCGACCAUUUCUGCUGGGUGA